UCAAACACCGCCGCCGACAUCAUGGAUCUGAAGGACCGCCGGCACCGUUCGCUCACCAGGGGGCGCUGCGGCGGUAAGGAGCUGCAGUACACGACUUCUUCGCUGGACAACGAGGAGUGCCGCGUGCCCACGCAGAAAUCGUACAGCUCCAGCGAGACGCUGAAGGCCUACGACCAUGAGUCGCACCUGCACUACGGGGGAUGCGUGUCGGAUCUGGUGCACCAGGAGGCAGAGGAGUACUCCAGGCAAGGUGGCAACUUCACUCUGGCCGAACUUGGCAUCUGCGAGCCGCACCAGUCCGCCCCGCAGCCACACCCACACCAGUCUGGGUACUGUCCCACAGAGCUGGACCUGGAUCUGGGCCUGCUUCACCGCGGCUACUCCCUCAGCGCCGUGGGCUCCGACGAGGCCGACUCCUCCGAUCCGGAGGGCCCCAUCUCCCCCGAGCGUGCCAUCCAGCUGUGGAGUGGAGGUGGCAUCAAGUCCCGACGGAGCUCCGGACUUUCCAGCCGCGAGAACUCGGCGCUCACGCUCACCGACUCGGAGAACGAGAACAAGUCGGAUGACGAGUCAGGUCGCACCCUCCCACCCACGUCUGCGUCCUCCAGCCUGCUGCCCCCCGCCCCUUCUCCCCCCACCGCCCCAAUGCACCCCCACCCCCACCACCCUCACCACCACCACCACAACACCCACAACACCCACAACACCCACCCGCACUCGGUGGUGCCGCCGGUCAUCCGGGAGUGCCAGGUGCCGCUGCUGGACGGCAGCUCCGCCCGCGCCAUGCUGGAGCCCCUCCAUCACCACUCAGAGGACGACAUGGCCGCGCCCAAUUCCUACCACCUGCUGCGCCCCCCGCAGACCAACAGUGGAAGCCAUCCUAACCACCAGAGCCAGGGGGGUACGCUGAGGCCGCCCCUCCCGCCACCCCACAACCACCACACGCUCUCCCACCACCAGUCCUCGGCCAACUCCCUGAACCGCAACACGCUGGCGGGCCGUCGCAACCCCAUCCACGCCCCGCCGCAGGCCCCGGCCGACGGGCCCACCACCCCCGAGUCCGUCCAGCUUCAGGACAGCUGGGUGCUGAACAGCAAUGUCCCUCUGGAGACCAGACACUUCCUGUUCAAGACGUCGUCGGGUACGACGCCCCUGUUCAGCAGCUCGUCGCCGGGCUACCCGCUGACCUCGGGCACGGUGUACUCGCCGCCGCCGCGGCUGCUGCCCCGCAACACCUUCUCGCGCUCGGCCUUCAAGCUGAAGAAGCCGUCCAAGUACUGCAGCUGGAAGUGUGCCGCCGUCUCCGCCAUCGCCGCCGCCACGCUGCUCGCCGUGCUGCUCUCCUACUUCAUCGCGAUGAACCUGCUGGGGCUGAAUUGGCAGCUGCAGCCAGUGUACGGCCCCCUGCUGAACAACGGGCUGGGUGCCGCACUGCCCGGCAACAGCGACGUCGCCACAGUGCCCUCUAGCGGCCGAGGUGUGUGGGCGCUGCGGAACAGUAGUAUCGACACGGGUGACCUGGAGGUGGGCCGGCGGGUGACCCAGGAGGUUCCGCCCGGUGUGUUCUGGAGGUCACUGCUCCACCUGGGCCAGCCCCAGUUCCUCAAGUUCAACAUCUCCCUCAGCAAAGACGCCCUGUUCGGGGUCUACAUCCGCAAAGGCCUGCCCCCCUCUCACGCACAGUAUGACUACAUGGAGCGCCUGGACGGCAAGGAGAAGUGGAGCGUGGUGGAGACCCCUCGGGAGCGGCGCAGCAUCCAGACGGUGGUCCAGAACGAGGCAGUGUUCGUGCAGUACCUGGACGCAGGCAUCUGGCACCUGGCCUUCUACAACGACGGCAAGGAGAAGGAGUCCGUCUCCUUCAGCACCGCCAUACUGGACUCUAUCCAAGAAUGCCCAAGGAAUUGCCAUGGUAACGGGGAGUGUGUGUCCGGAGUGUGCCACUGCUUCCCUGGAUUCCACGGAAUGGACUGCUCUAAAGCGGCGUGCCCGGUGCUGUGCAGCGGUAACGGCCAGUACGACAAGGGCUCGUGCACGUGCUUCAGCGGCUGGAAGGGUGCGGAGUGCGACGUCCCGGUGAACCAGUGCAUCGACCCCACCUGCUCCAACCACGGCUCCUGCACCGAGGGCAUGUGCAUCUGCUCACUCGGAUACAAGGGAGACAGCUGCGGAGAGGUGGACUGCCUGGACCCCACGUGCCACAAUAAUGGCAUCUGUGUGAAUGGGGAGUGCCACUGUAAGCCGGGCUGGGGUGGUCCCCACUGCGAGCUGCCUAGGGCCCAGUGCCCAGACCAGUGCCACGGCCACGGAGCCUUCAUCCCCGACACCGGCCUCUGCUCCUGCGACCCCAACUGGAUGGGCCCCGACUGCUCUGUUGAGGUGUGUUCGGUGGACUGCGGUACCCACGGCGUGUGCAUGGGAGGCGCGUGCCGCUGCGAGGAGGGCUGGACGGGCCCGGCGUGCGACCAGCGCAUGUGCAACCCGCUCUGUGUCAAGCACGGCACCUGCAAGGACGGCAAGUGCGAGUGCCAGGAGGGCUGGAACGGGGAGCACUGCACCAUCGACUUUUGGGAUGGGUCCAUUCUUGAUGGUUGUCCGAACAUGUGCAACGGUAACGGAGAGUGCACCAUGGGCCAGAACAGCUGGCAGUGCGAGUGCAAGACGGGCUGGAGAGGAACCGGCUGCAGCGUUGCCAUGGAGACCGCCUGCGCAGACAACAAGGACAACGAAGGAGAUGGCCUGACGGACUGCAUGGACCCCGACUGCUGCAUCCAGAGCCCGUGUCAGAACAGCCCGCUGUGCCGCGGCUCCAAGGACCCGCUGCAGGUCAUCCAGCAGAGCCUGGCGCCCGCCCAGAAGGUGCGCUCCUUCUACGAGCGCGUACGCAUGCUGGUGGGCCGCGACAGCACACACGUCAUCCCGGGAGACAACCCCUUCAAUGCCAGCCUCGCAUCGCUGAUCCGGGGUCAGGUGCUGACCACCGACGGAACCCCGCUGGUUGGGGUCAACGUGUCCUUCGUCAAGUACCCCCACUACGGAUACACCCUCACCCGGCAGGACGGCACUUUCGACCUGGUGGCCAACGGCGGUGCCUCCCUGACCCUCCAUUUUGAGCGCGCCCCCUUCCUGAGUCAGGAGCGGACGGUGUGGCUCCCCUGGAACAGCUUCUACGCCAUGGACACGCUGGUCCUGAAGACGGAGGAGAACACCAUCCCCGGCUGCGACCUCAGCGGCUUCAUCAGGCCCGACCCGGUUGUGGUUCCGUCGCCCCUCUCGUCCUUCUUCAGCUCAGCACCUGGGGAACGCUCCAUCAUCCCAGAGACUCAGGUUCUCCAUGAGCAGAUCGAAAUCCCGGGUACAGAUCUAAAGCUAUGCCACCUGAGCUCGCGAGCGGCGGGCUACCACUCUCUCCUGAAGAUCACCAUGACGCCCGCGGUGGUGCCCCUCAGCCUGCUGAAGGUGCACCUGAUGGUGGCAGUGGAGGGCCACCUCUUCCAGAAGUGGUUCCACGCCUCGCCCAACCUGGCCUACACCUUCAUCUGGGACAAGACUGACGCCUACGGACAGAGGGUCUACGGGCUGUCGGACGCUGUUGUAUCGGUGGGCUAUGAGUAUGAGUCGUGUGCCAACCUGGUCCUGUGGGAGAAGAGGACGGCGGAGCUGCAGGGCUAUGAGUUGGAGCCGUCGGGGCUGGGAGGAUGGUCCCUCGACAAGCACCACGCUCUGAACCUGCGCAGCGGCAUCCUCCACAAGGGCAGCGGCGAGAACGUCUUCAUCUCGGAGCAGCCGGCCGUCAUCACGAGCAUCAUGGGUAACGGGCGGAGGCGGAGCAUCUCCUGCCCCAGCUGUAACGGGCUGGCCGACGGCAACAAGCUGCUGGCGCCCGUGGCGCUGGCCGUGGGCGUCGACGGCAGCCUGUACGUCGGCGACCUGAACUUCGUGCGCCGCGUCUACCCGUCCCUCAACACCACGCGCAUCCUGGAACUCAGGAACAAAGAUUUUCGACACAGCAACAACCCCACGCACAAGUACUUCCUAGCGGUGGACCCGGUGUCCGGCGCCCUGUUCAUCUCGGACACCAACUCGCGGCGUAUCUACCGGGUGCGGUCGCUGAUGGGCGGGAGGCUGCUAGCGGAGAACGCGGAGGUGGUGGCGGGCACCGGGGAGCAGUGCCUACCCUUCGACGAACGCUGCGGCGACGGAGGAAAAGCAGUGGAGGCCACUCUGAUGAGCCCCAAAGGCAUUGCGGUGGACAAGAAGGGCCUGAUGUACUUCGUGGACGCCACCAUGAUCCGCAAGGUGGACCAGAACGGCAUCAUCUCCACCCUGUUAGGGGCCAACGACCUCACCGCCAUCAGACCCCUCAGCUGCGACUCCAGCAUGGACGUCAGCCAGGUGCGUCUGGAGUGGCCUACAGACCUGGCGGUGAACCCUAUGGACAACUCCCUCUACGUCCUGGAGAACAACGUCAUCCUGCGCAUCACAGAGAACCACCAGGUGAGCAUCAUUGCAGGGCGUCCCAUGCACUGCCAGGUCCCCGGCAUCGACUACUCCCUCAGUAAGCUGGCCAUCCACGCCGCCCUGGAAAGCGCCACGGCCAUCGCCAUCUCCCACGCCGGCGUGCUCUACAUCGCCGAGACGGACGAGAAGAGGCUGAACCGUGUGCGGCAGGUCAGCACGUCCGGCGAGAUCUCCCUGCUGGCGGGCGCCGCCUCCGAGUGCGACUGCAAGAACGACGUGAACUGCAACUGCUUCGCCGGCGACGAGGGCUACGCGCCGGACGCCAACCUCAACUCGCCCGCCUCGCUGGCCGUCUCGCCCGACGGCACGCUCUACGUGGCCGACCUCAACAACAUCCGCAUCCGGGCCGUGCGGCCCAACCGGCCCACGCCCACCCCCGUGGGCCGCUUCGAGGUGGCCUCCCCCCAGGACCAGGAGCUGUACGUCUUCAGCGACGAGGGCCUGCACCUGCAGACCAUCUCCCUCAUCACGGGCGAGCCGCUCUUCAACUUCACGUACGGGGCCGCCGACGGGCUCCUGGCGGCCAUCACCGACAGCUCCAACAACACGCUGCGGGUGCGCAGGGACGGCGGCGGCGGCGGUGGGACAGGGCUUCUGCGGCUGGUGCUGAUGCCCGAGAAUCAGGUAGUGACGCUGGGGCUGGACCCGGCGGGCUGGCUGAGGUCUGUGUCAGCGUUCAACAGGGAGAUCGUGCAGCUGGGAUACACGGCGGGCAACGCGGGGCUGCUGGCUAUCAAGGCGGACGAGACGGGAUGGACCACCUUUUACGAGUACGACAGUGAGGGCCGCCUGACCAAUGUCACCUGUCCCACGGGCAUGGUGACCAGCCUGCACCGCGAGAUCGAGCGCUCCAUCAACAUCGACAUCGAGAGCUCCAACCGCGACGACGACGUCACCGUCAUCACCAACCUGUCCUCCGUAGAGGCAUCCUACACCGUCGUCCAAGACCAAGUGAGGAACACCUACCAGCUGUGCAACAAUGGCACCAUGAGGGUGAUGUACGCCAACGGCAUGGGCAUCAGCUACCACACCGAGCCGCACAUCCUCGCCGGGUCGGUGAGCCCCACCAUCGGGCGCCGGAACAUCACCCUGCCCACCGACAACGGCCUCAACUCCAUAGAGUGGCGUCUGCGCAAGGAGCUGACCAAGGGCAAAGUCAUCGUCUUUGGCAGGAAGCUGAGGGCGCACGGCCGCAACCUGCUCAGCAUCGACUUCGACCGCAACACGCGCACAGAGAAGAUCUACGACGACCACCGCAAGUUCACGCUGCGCAUCACCUACGACGCGCAGGGCCGGCCCGCCAUCUGGCAGCCCAGCAGCAGCCUGGCCGUGGUCAACGUCAGCUACUCGCCCUCCGGCCAGCUGGUGGGGCUGCAGCGCGGCAGCAUGAGCGAGCGCACCGAGUACGACCACCUGGGACGCAUCCUCUCCCGCUCCUUCGUGGACGGCAAGGUCUGGAGCUACAGCUACCUGGAUAAGUCGAUGGUGCUGCUGCUCCAGAGCCAGCGGCAGUACAUCUUCGAGUUCGACGCGACGGGCCGCGUGACGGCCGUCACCAUGCCGAGCGUGGCGCGCCACACCAUGUUCACGCACGUCUCGGUGGGCUACAUCCGCAACACCUACGUGCCUCCCGAGAGCAACGCCUCCGUCAUCCACGACUUCAGCGAGGACGGCCGGCCGCAGGCCGUCCACUUCCUGGGCACAGGCCGGCGUGUGCUCUACAAGUACGGCAAGCUGGCGAAGCUCUCCGAGUUGCUCUACGACAGCACGGCGGUCACGUUCGGCUAUGACGAGACGACCGGGGUGCUCAAGAUGGUCAACCUGCAGAGCGGAGGGUUCUCGUGCACCAUACGUUACCGCAAAGUGGGCCCCCUGGUGGACAAACAGAUCUACCGCUUCUCCGAGGAGGGGAUGGUGAACGCGCGGUUCGACUACACCUACCACGACAACAGCUUUCGCAUUGCCAGCAUGAAACCUGUGAUUAGCGAGACACCGCUGCCCGUGGACCUUUACCGGUAUGACGAACUUUCCGGCAAGAUCGAGCACUUCGGCAAGUUUGGCGUCAUCUACUACGACAUCAACCAGAUCAUCACCACGGCGGUGAUGACGCUGAGCAAGCACUUCGACACGCACGGCCGCAUCAAGGAGGUGCAGUACGAGAUCUUCCGCUCGCUCAUGUACUGGAUGACAGUGCAGUACGACAGCAUGGGCCGCGUGGUCAAGCGCGAGCUGAAGAUCGGGCCUUACGCCAACACGACUCAAUACCGUUACGAAUACGAUGGAGACGGCCAGCUCAGCGGGGUCAAGGUCAACGAUUGGUCCACCUGGCGCUACAGCUACGACCUCAAUGGCAACCUCCACCUCCUCAACCCAGGCAACAGCAACCGUCUCACGCCGCUGCGCUAUGACCUCCGCGACCGCAUCACUCGACUGGGCGAUGUCCAGUACCGACUGGACGAGGACGGCUUCCUUAGCCAGAGGGGGCUGGACGUCUUUGAGUACAACUCCAAGGGUCAGCUGUCGCGAGCGUACAGUCGAGGCACCAACGGCGGCGGGAGCUGGAGCGUCCAGUAUCGCUACGACGGCCUCGGUCGGCGGGUCUCCUCCAAGAACAGCCUGGGCCAGCACUUGCAGUUCUUCUACGCCGAUUUGACUUAUCCGGCCCGCGUGACUCACGUCUUCAACCACUCCAGCUCUGAGAUCUCGUCGCUUUACUACGACCUGCAGGGCCACCUGUUUGCCAUGGAGGUCAGCAGCGGAGAGGAGUACUACAUCGCCUCAGAUAACACCGGCACCCCUCUGGCGGUCUUCAGCAGCAAUGGCCAGAUGAUCAAACAGGUUCAGUAUACAGCCUAUGGAGAGGUGUACCUCGACUCCAACCCCGAGUUCCAAUUGGUCGUUGGUUUCCAUGGCGGCCUUUAUGACCCGUUGACCAAGCUGGUACACUUCACGCAGAGGGACUACGAUGUCCUCGCUGCCCGCUGGACCUCACCCGACUACGGCCUGUGGCAAAAGAUUGGCAAGGAGCUGGCACCGUUUAACCUUUACAUGUUCAAGAACAACAACCCCCUCAGUGACAUAAUCGACAUCAAGAAUUAUGUCACAGAUGUGAAGAGCUGGUUGGUGAUGUUUGGCUUCCAGCUCAGUAACAUCAUUGCUGGUUUCCCCAAACACACUCAGUAUUUUGUAGAUCCACCAUACGAACUGCUGUCCAGCCAUGAUGCUGAGAAUGGACAAGUGAUAACCGGGGUGCAGCAGACGGCGGAGCGCCACAACCAGGCCUUCAUGGCCUUGGAGGGCAAGCAGCUGAACAAGGAGCGGCGGGGCCACUGCAGCGACCGGCCGGGCCACUGGUUCGGCACCAGCACGCCCAUCGUGGGCCGCGGCAUGAUGCUGGCGGUGAAGGAGGGCCACGUGGUGGCCAGCACCUCGGCCAUGGCGAGCGAGGACAGCCGCAAAGUGGCGCUGGUGCUCAACAACGCCAUCUACCUGGACGGCACGCACUACACGCAGGACGGCCGCGACUGCCACUUCUUCGUGAAGGUGGGCUCGCCCGACAGCGACCUCCUGGCGCUGGGCCUGACCAAUGGGCGCAAGGCGCUGGAGAGCGGCGUGAACGUCACCGUGAGCGGGCGCUCGCGGCGCGGGGUCACCGUGGACUUCCGCGUGCCCUCGCUGUCGCUGAGCGUGCGCUACGGGCUGGCGGCAGACGUGGUGGACGAGGAGCGGGCCAGGCUGCUGGAGCUGGCACGGCAACGGGCGCUGGCAGGGGCGUGGGCACGCGAGCAGCAGCGGGCGCGCGACGGGAAAGAAGGCAGCCGGCUGUGGACAGAGGGCGAGAAGCAGCAGCUGCUGUCGCCCGCGGGCAAGGUGCAGGGGUACGACGGGUACUACGUGCUGCCCGUGGAGCAGUACCCGGAGCUGGCAGACAGUAGCACCAACAUCCAGUUCUUGAGACAGAACGAGAUGGGGAAGAGGUAACAGCCCAAUUGCAAAAGACUGCAAAAGACUGCAAAAAAUGCAAACGCUCCCCCCAUUACUUUCAGUUCAGCAAUUUCGACCGUAAUCCUCUUUUACUUUACUCUUUUCUCUCACUCUCACUCUCUUUCUCUCUCUCUCUGUCUUUGUCUCUUUCUCCCUCUCCGUCUCUCUUUGCAUUCCAUUCUUACUUCCUUUCCGUUUCCACCUCUGUCCUCUUUAUCUGUCCUGUCCUCACCAAUUGCCCCGCCUCUCCCACGGAGACCGAACAAACAAAUGGGGUUUCAUUCUGAACGCUGCAGGGACUUUUAAGAAGAAGAACUCUUAAAUGAACAAUUAUGAUUACUGCCACUGGCAAAAAAAACAAUUGUUGAGAUCAUGGAAACUUAAAGACUUGUUUUCUUUUUUCAACAAAAUGGACUUGAAUGAAAGAGCGAGCGAGAGAAAAAAACACUGCUGAGCGUUGGAAGAACAGACGUAGCUGUUGCUUAAAAUGAAGAAUCCCCUUUUUAAAAAAGAAUUAAUAUUUUUGCCCAUAUUUUUUGGGUUUACCAAGAGGAUGUUGGUGACUGUGGUGAGUUUUUGAGGUGGCCCUUGACUCCCACAAGCUAGUUCAAAGGAGUACUCCAGAACUGCUCCUAGAAGCCAGUCUGUAUGUACCGCUCUGCGAACGAGAGAGAAUGUCAGCAACAAAAGGAAUUCAAGAAAAAGGAAUAAAAACAACGGACAAGAUGGAACAUCAGACUCAGGCCUGACUUUUACCACAACAGAACUGUCAACUGCUGCGGCCCACCAAGAACAAAACGUUUUUGUUUGUUUGGUUGUUGUUGUUUUUCCUUUAGGAAUAAAAAUCUAAAAAUAAUAAUAAAAAAAACAGACAAGGGAUACAGAAAGAACUUUUUAGUAUGAAAUAAUACAUAAAACUCGAUGGCUAUAUUUGCAGUACAUUAUGUCAGACGUCUGUUAAUUUUUACGCUAGGGAGAAAAAUAAACAGUUAUAACAUUGUGUCAGCUAGCACUAAAGUUCAGGGUGUCCUCUAUAAGCGAUAGUGUGUUCGUCUGUCGCAGUAGAAUCGUGAGACCUUCACCAGAGCACUUCUGUACAGAGAACUUGGAAAAUAAACUCACAUAAAAUACACUAGCAAUUUAUCCAGAUAUAAAUUACAAUUACCAGAUACUAUUUAUUUUUAUUUUAUUUUUAUUAAUUUAUUUAUUGUUCUUAGUACUCUAUGACAAUCACAAAAGAGUCACCACUUUUAUUGCAAAUCCGUAAACAUCAAUGAAUUAUUUUAUUUUAUUUUGUAAUAUAUGUAAGAAAUGUUCAUUAUGUUUUUAUAUUAAGUUUGAUUUGCUCAUAAGCAAAUUAGUCACAGACAAAAAGUAAUUUAUGUAAAGUGUUUUAAAAUGGUUUAUACUUCGAAUAAAGUUUAAAACUGUGAAACUUGUUUUUUCGAAAAUAGAUCUGUAUGUACAGUGUAUAGAGUUACCUUUCUGCAGCAGCACAGUAGAGUAAUGUUCAUAAUAUCAAGUUUUAUAUUUCUGAAGGGAAGUGGCUUGUUGUGUGCAAACCUAUAGCUGGUAUUACUACUCUAGACUUUUGUGAGACGCCGAUCUCCCUGAGCUACAAUAUCAACCCCAAGUUUGAUGUUUUUAUUUUUUCGAGUUUUACUUUUUGAGUUUUCUUUCUUAUUAACGCAGAAAAAAAAUGUUGCUGUUCUACAGUAGAUCCCAAAACCGUAGACAUGGAUUCUAUCCACUGUGAAGAGGCUCUAUAUGGAUGUCAAGAUGUACUACCAAAUCAGUAUUGAAGGACAGUUCUUACUUACUCGAGACUCUUCUGAGACCUUAUCAAUAAAAAGUAAUUGUUUACUUCAUGCUUCUUUGGUCUGUCGUGUUCUUCUUGUGUAAUUAUUCCCGUUUUUAGGCAAGAAAUUGAGAGAACACAAGUUAUAAUCACUCAAGCAGGUCCUUUUGUCACUAGCCACCAUUCACGUGAUAAAAAGAGCUUUGGGUUACAUUCUUGCUAUUUUCAAGACCUGUUAAAUUUGUCUUUAUAGCCCAUUUUUGAAAAUGUGAGCCAGUGGUAAAU